UGGCAGCCAAUCCCCAUUGUAAAUUGGAUCACAAGCAGAGUUUGGGACACCUUCAAGAUCUCCUUCACCUCAGGUGGAAUCUGAAAAUGAUUCGGUGCCCAUUGAGAUAGAAGACGAUGAUGAAGUCAUUGAAGUUGAAGGGGAAGAUGAUGGUGCUGAAGCUGGUUCUAAGAGGAAGCUCACCUCUGCUGUUUGGAAGGAGUUCAAGAGAGUAAAGUUCAAUGGUAAUGUUCGAGCAAAAUGCAACUAUUGUAGCAAGAAACUUUCUGCAACUAGCACAAAUGGGACUAAGCACCUGCACAACCAUUUGAAGGGUUGCGUGCAGAGAAAGAUAAAACUGAAUGGAAAAACCUUAGCUCAAGCUUCUUUGAGAUUUGGUAGAACUGAUGCAGGGGCUGUCACAGUCGAGAAUUAUACAUUUGAUCAAGAAAUUGCAAGAAAAGAGCUUAGUUCAAUGAUAGUAUUGCAUGAGUAUCCCUUAAGCAUGGUUGACCAUGUUGGAUUCCGAAGAUUUGUUGGUGCACUUCAGCCGCUGUUCAAAAUUGGUACAAGAAACACAAUAAGGUAUUUGCCUCUUAUUUCAGAAGCAAUGUCAGCUAACAUGAUAGCCAAGUUUGACAAGUACUGGACUGACAUCCAAGGGCUUAUGGGCAUUGCAACUCUUCUUGAUCCUCGAUGCAAGGCCACUGUACUGCUGAUUUGCUAUGAGGACUUGCUCGGUGUGCGUGGUAGAGAGUGUGAGGACAAGGUCAUUGAGGUGAAGAACUUGUUGGCUGAAUUGAUGGCUGAGUACCAUGUGGUAGAGGACGUGGAUGAUAGCACACCAUCUUCAACUUCACCACCAGAUAGUGAUGACUUCUUGUCUGAUAUUGGUGCACACAUUGCAUCUCUUAGGCCAGCAAGCAUGGGGUUCAAAUCUGAGCUAGACCGCUACUUGGAUGAAGAAGCUGUGAGCAUACAUACAAAGAACUUCAAUGUUUUAGAUUGGUGGAAGGUGGCAGGGACUAGAUAUCCUACUUUGAGGAGGAUUGCAAGGGACAUAUAUGCUAUCCCUGUAACCACAGUUGCUUCGGAGUCUGCUUUCAGCACUGGUGGUAGAGUGCUUAGUGAGCAUCGCAGCAGGCUCACUACAAAGAUGUUGGAGGCUCUCAUGUGUUCCCAAGAUUGGAUUAAAAACAAAUACAAAGUUGAUGAGAAGAACAAGCAGCUUGCCACCUUUUGGUCUUGUCUCCAGGAUAUUCAAGAGGGCCUUCAGGUGAUGUGUUUUCAAUAUUUCUUUUCUUAUACUAUUCUCAGAUUAAAUUGCUAAUUAUUAUGUUGGUAUGCUCAUGUAGGAACUUGCAAUUUGAGAUGUUCAAGAGUUUCAGGUGGUGGCUCCCAUUUUGGUGCAAGGAACAAGUCUUCAAGGAACAAUUGAUGAAUUGAUGUGCCUACUUUUGGCUAUUAUUAUUUGUCAAUUGUGAGCUUGGAUGGAACUUGUAUGUGCCUCAUUUUGGUUACUGUUAAUCUGUGAUGUAUGGAACUUCAUGUGCUGCACUGCUAGUGGUGGUGGUUAGGCUAGCUGGUUAUGUAUGCCAUUUAUGUAUGAACUAAUGUUAAUGCCGAGUACUAUGUCCUAUGAUCCUAAUUCCUAUCUAGCAUGACUAGGCUAUAUAGAA